AUGAUGGUGAGGAUAAUCAUCAGGAUUGCUGGUGUGAUGCUCACCACCACCAUCACCACCAUCAUCGUCACCCACAUCACCAUCACCGUCACUGCCACCACCAUCACUGCCAUCAUCAGCAGGAGCACAAUCAUCAUCACCAUCACCACCCUCACCAUCAUCACCACCACCACCAUCAGCAGGAGCACCAUCAUCAUCACCAUCACCACCGUCACCAUCAUCACCACCACCACCAUCAGCAGGAGCACCAUCAUCAUCACCAUCACCACCGUCACCAUCAUCACCACCACUGCCGUCAGCAUGAGCACCAUCAUCAUCACCAUCACCACCGUCACCAUCAUCACCACCACUGCCGUCAGCAGGAGCACCAUCAUCAUCACCAUCACCACCGUCACCAUCAUCACCACCACCACCAUCACCAUCAUCACCACCACCACCAUCAGCAGGAGCACCAUCAUCAUCACCAUCACCACCGUCACCAUCUUUACCACCACUGCCGUCAGCAUGAGCACCAUCAUCAUCACCAUCACCACCGUCACCAUCAUCACCACCACCACCAUCAGCAGGAGCACCAUCAUCAUCACCAUCACCACCGUCACCAUCUUUACCACCACUGCCGUCAGCAUGAGCACCAUCAUCAUCACCAUCACCACCAUCACCAGCACUUGUCUGUGUGGGCAUCACCGCCUCCGGGAUGCCCAGGGGGCUGCCAGCUGCUUCCACGUGGAGAAACACAACCUGGCAUCUUGCGAACAGGGCCUGGGCCUGGUGCCGGGAGGGGCCUGCCACCCCCCGCAAGUCCGCGUGGGGCCUCGGCUCCCCGCUCUGCACGGGUGCGUGGCCUCUGGGCUCCGGGGACUGUCAGGCCGGGGUGUCACCACUUCGCCGAAGGAAGUGGUUUUACGGACGGUGCCCGGAGUGACCCUGGACAGCCUGCACUGCGGCCCGGCCCGGCGGGCGGCCCCCACGUGUCUGCCGCGUCCACAUGGGCCCGGCCUCCCGCGGGCAGUGCAGCGGCUCCGCACACGUGCGCCCGAGGGGCGAGGCCCCACCCUGGCGGUCAGAGACAAGAAGACUGAGGCUGAGUCAGGGCUGGAGCCGGGGACCAGCGGGAGACAGUGGGAGGCGGCCCCGCCCUCCUUCUAUGGGAAGCACAUGCCUUCUGGGGACCCCUCUGGCCACUCAGCCACGUGGCAGGAUGAGGGACAGGUGGACGCGGUAGUGAACAAAGGCAGCCAAGCGAUAGGGGGCUAG